AUGCUGAGUAUAAUGGAAAGUCUCCUCAUUUUUGUAGCAGUUAGUGAGUCAAUAUUGGGACUUUUAGGGAAUGGAUUUAUUGGACUUGUAAGCUGCAUUGACUGUAUGAAAAACAAGAGGAUCUCUACUAUCAGCUUUAUUCUCACUGGCUUAGCAACUUCCAGAUUUUGCCUGAUAUGGACAAUAGUUACUGAUGGAUUUUUAAAGUUAUUCUCUCCAGAUGUACAUUCCUCUGGGAACCUAAUUGAAUAUAAUGGUUACUUAUGGAUAGUUAUGAAUCAAUCAAGUAUCUGGUUUGCCACCUGCCUCAGCAUCUUCUAUUUCCUGAAGAUAUCCAGUUUUUCCCACCGCAUCUUUCUCUGGUUGAAGGGUAGACUCAACAUGGUUCUUUUCCUUCUUUUGGGGUGCUUGCUUAUUUCAUGGUUAGUUACUUUUCCACAUUUUGUGAAGAUUGCUAAUGAUAAUAGAAAGAAAAAUAAAAGCACAGGCUGGUCAAUGGAUAUGUAUAAAGAUGAACUUUUUGGAAAGCAAAUUUGGCUCCAUCUUGGUGUCAUUCUCCUUUUUAUCCUAUGCCUGAUUACAUGUGUCUUGUUGCUCACUUCUCUUUGGAGACACAACAGGAGGAUGCAACUGAAUGCCACAGGAUUCAGAGACCCCGGUACAGAAGCACAUAUUAAAGCAAUGAAAGUCUUGGUGUCUUUUAUCAUCCUCUUUAUCUUGAAUUUUGUAGGCACUGCCAUACAAAUAUCAAGUGUGACAGUGCCUGAAAACAAACUGCUUUUUAUUUUUGGCAUGACAACCACAGUCCUCUAUCUCUGGGGUCACUUGCUUAUCCUAAUUCUAGGAAAUAGGAAGCUCAAGCAAGCCUCUUUGAGGGUACUGAAGCCAUUACAGUGCUGGGAAAAAGAGAAACUUCUCAGAACGCCUUGA